AUGGCUUCUGCACUCUUCUUCCUUGAUUUGAAGGGCAAGACCCUCCUAGCCCGAAACUACAGGGGAGAUAUCCCAAUGUCAGCCGUCGAGAAAUUCCCCGUCCUCCUCAGCGAAGCCGAAGAAGAGUCUUCCGCAGUGCCCCCAUGCUUCUCGCAUGAAGGAAUCAACUACCUCUACAUCCGACAUAACAACCUUUACCUACUCGCCCUAACGAAGCGCAAUACAAAUGCUGCCGAGAUUCUACUAUUCCUUCACAAGGUUGUCGAAGUGUUCACCGAAUACUUCAAAGCAUUAGAGGAGGAAUCGAUCCGCGACAACUUCGUCAUCAUCUACGAGUUGCUCGAUGAGAUGAUGGACUUUGGCUAUCCCCAAACCACCGAAUCCAAGAUCCUACAAGAAUACAUCACACAAGAGUCGCACAAGAUGGAGAUCCAGGCAAGACCGCCCAUUGCCGUCACUAACGCAGUUUCCUGGCGUUCGGAAGGCAUACGGUAUCGCAAGAACGAAGUGUUCCUGGACGUUGUCGAAUCGCUCAACUUGCUCGUAUCCGCGAACGGCAACGUGCUGCGAUCUGAGAUUCUUGGCGCAAUCAAGAUGAAGUGCUAUCUGUCCGGUAUGCCCGAGCUGCGGCUCGGCCUCAACGACAAGGUCAUGUUCGAGACGACUGGCCGCACAACACGCGGCAAGGCCAUCGAGAUGGAGGAUGUCAAAUUCCACCAGUGUGUGCGUCUAUCGCGGUUCGAGAACGAUAGAACCAUCUCCUUCAUCCCCCCCGACGGCGAGUUCGAGUUGAUGUCCUAUCGCCUCAACACGCAAGUGAAACCGUUGAUCUGGGUCGAAUGCGUAGUGGAGUCGCAUAGCGGGAGCCGUGUCGAGUACAUGCUGAAGGCCAGAGCCCAGUUCAAGAGGCGCAGCACGGCCAACAACGUCGAGAUCAUCGUGCCUGUGCCGGAUGAUGCGGAUACUCCGAGGUUCAGGACGAACAUCGGCAGUGUGCACUAUGCCCCUGAGCAGAGCGCCAUUGUCUGGAAGAUCAAGCAGUUUGGCGGCAACAAGGAAUUUUUGAUGAGGGCAGAACUAGGACUACCGAGUGUAAGGGGUGAUGAUGAGCAUGGCGGCGGUAUGACGGGCGGCUUUGGUGGCAGUAUGGGCGGUGUGGGUGCACCCGGCAAAGGAGCCAAGCGACCGAUCCAGGUCAAAUUCGAGAUUCCGUACUUUACUACGAGUGGAAUUCAGGUGCGAUACUUGAAAAUCACAGAACCAAAGUUGCAAUACCCUUCUCUACCGUGGGUUCGAUAUAUCACACAGUCGGGAGAUAUUGCUGUAAGAUUGCCGGAUGCGGUGAUGAUGCGCCAUUUACGACGAUGGGCACACGCCGAACUGGAUCCUCAGUAA